GUUCUUCGUCGUGAGAGAAAAUGACAGAAUUAGAGUCAAAUAACACAAAGCUUAAUCUAGUGGGUGUGGGUAUUGUGCCGGAGGAGCUAACUGAGGAUAGUUUUGAAACUUGGAAAAAUUGCUUGAAAAAUUAUUUCGUUGGGAAUGGGCUUUGGGAUGUUGUCUCUAAGGAGAGUAAACCAGAUAAGACAAAUAAACAAGAGCGUGAAGAAUGGAAGAAAAAGAAUGCUUUGGCUCUGCAUGCAAUUCAACUUUCAUGUGGAUCAGCAAUAUACUCUAAGUUUAAAGACCACAUUUCUGCUCACUAUGUAUGGACUCAUUUGACAGAGAGAGAUUGGGCUCGGGUUCGACAACCAGCGCCAAGCUCAGAUCAAGAUGAAGAAAGUCAUGUCAAAGAUAAUGGGUCGAGAAAGCACCUUGCUUACGAGCACUUAUACAAGGCAAUUGAAGAAGGUAAGUGGCAUUCUAUAGAAGAAAUCCUUCGGCAGAAUCAAGAUGCGAUUAGGGAAAUAGUUUCAUCACACAAAGAUACAGCUCUGCACAUUGCAAUUUUGUCUGGACACAUUGAAAUUGCAGAAAAACUUGUAAUCAUGAUGGAUGCAGCUGACUUAGAACUGAAAAACGAAUAUGGAGCUACGGCCUUAUCUCUUGCUGCAAUCUGUGGUGAGAAGAAACUGGCCAAGGCAAUGGUAUGUAAGAACAAAAAAUUAGUUACAAUAGAAACUGCAGAUCAUGAAGAUGGGCAUCUUCCUGUGAUUGUGGCUGCAUUGUAUGGAAAAAAGGAAAUGGUUCGUUAUUUAUAUGAAGUGACGCCAAAAGAUGAGCUCAGUCCUGAAAAGGGUGAAAAUGGAGUCACACUACUCAAUUCCCUUAUUACUGCUGAAAUUUAUGAUGUUGCUUCUAUGCUAUUGAAAAGGUAUCCAAAGUUGGGUGUUACCCCAGAUCAUAGUGGUAAUUACACGCUCAAAAUAUUGGCUCACAAGCCUUCCGCAUUUCUUAGUGGGACUAAGCUUACAUUUUGGGAAAGAUGGAUCUACCAUUGUGUAAGAGUACACACACCUUGGGACAACGAGCAUGUAGAAACGCAAACAUCUGGUACUAGUGAUCAUCACAUCAUUCAAAUUGAUGAAUUAAGCGACGAAGAUCUGAUAGGAAGGAUUUCUAUGACUACUCGAGCUCUAGAGUUGGUGCGCAAAUUCGGUUGGGGGAUAUUGCAAUUUGUUGUUCCAGAGAUCAAUUACAUACACCAGAGGAAGUUAGUCCAUGUCGAAGUCGUGAAAUUCCUAAGUCACGUGUUUAAAGAAGUGCGACAUCUGAGCAAAUUAGAUCUCGAAAAAAUGGACAUGGAUACAAUAAUAUAUGAUGCCAUAAAGCAUGGAAUUUCUGAAUUUAUAGAAGAAAUGAUUAAAUAUAAACCCGAAAUUAUAUGGAGAAAAGAUAAAAAAGGGAAAACAAUUUUUUCACAUGCAAUUGUUUUGCGUCAAGAGAAGAUUUUUAGCCUUAUAUAUACUUUAGGAACAAAGAAGAGUAUAAUGGCAAGGAGGCAUGAUAUGUUUAAGAACAAUUAUUUACAUCUUGCUGCAAAAUUAUCUCCUCCUUCUCAACUUCAGAGGGUAUCUGGAGCAGCCCUACAAAUGCAAAGGGAACUGCAAUGGUAUAAGGAAGUCGAGAGCAUAGUACAACCCAAACUCAAAGAGGAAAAAAAUGCGAUCAACAAAACACCCGAAAUGUUAUUCACUGAUGAACACAAGAAAUUAACCAAAGAUGCAGAGAACUGGAUGAAAAGCACAGCAGGAUCAAGCAUGAUAGUAGGCACUCUAAUUGCUGCUGUAAUGUUCACAACAGCUUUCACAGUACCAGGUGGUAAUAAAGAAAACUCAGGAUUGCCAACAAUGCUAGAAACUCAAAGAACUCCAUUCUUGAUUUUCAUGAUUUCAAAUGCCUUGUCAAUGUUCAGUUCGAGCACGUCGCUGUUGAUGUUCUUAGGAAUUCUUACAGCGCGUUAUGCAGAAGAAGAUUUUCUCAAGUCUUUACCGACGAAAUUAAUAUUUGGAUUGACAUGUUUGUUCUUUUCGAUUGUUACGAUGAUGGCAUCCUUUGGUUCUGCAUUGUAUCUGAUUCUACAUGAGAAGUUGUCUUGGGUUACCAUUCCGAUCAUCAUCCUUUCAACGAUUCCGAUAGUUCUUUUCUCCAUCUUGCAGUUCCCUCUCUUGAUUGAGAUGACAUAUCAGACUUAUGGAUCUGGGAUAUUUGAUAAACCUAAGAAGAAAUCCCAUUUUGCUAAGUUCCCAGCAUGUUUGGUUUGGUGGAAUAAAUAGUGUUUGGCACUAUUGAAUGUGAUGUUCCAAAUGUGCUCUUUAGUUCGUUUUGAUCUCUGGCAUUUUAAUUGUUGAUGUAUCCAUGGUGUUUUUUUUUCAUAUGAAUUCAACUUGCUGGAAUGUUUUCCUUAUAGCCCACAUGGCACGCCAUUGUUGAAUUCUAUUUCGCAUGUUGCAGUAUUUUAUAAUACAAAAUAAGAAGUUAAUUUCAGA